ACGUUGUCUUUCCGGUGACGUCAGAGCCCAACGAUGGCUGCCUCCACGAGACUUGGACCAAAGGUGUUGCUGCUAGUCCACCUGGGUGUCUUUAGCUGGUAUUUGUUCACUAUCUGGAGCAACUGUUCCCUGCAGACCGCAGACAGACACCCGGGUUUGCGCUCUUAUGGAGGGCGCUGGAAAUAUCUGACGUUUAUUAAUCUGGUGAUGCACGCGGUGUUUUUCGGGCUGUGUGUGUUAGUGGAUGCGGUGCACAGUUUGGUGUCCGUCAAGCAGAGCCGCAGCGGGACUCCUCUGAACCUCAGCCGAGCGAGAGACUUUUACUUUACUGUCCUGGCGUUUCCGGUCGGCACCUUUGUAUUUGUUUCCUUCUGGACUCUCUACACUUAUGACCGAGAGCUGGUGUAUCCUAAACUGCUGGAUCAGAUCAUUCCCAUCUGGCUCAAUCAUGCAAUGCACACAGUGAUCAUGCCUCUGCUGCUGCUGCAGAUGUUCCUUCAGAAUCACAGAUAUCCCAGUCGCACAGCAGGGAUUUUCAGUCUGGCUGUGUUUGUGGCUCUGUAUCUGUCAUGGGUUUUGUGGGUGCACCAUGCUUCAGGGAUUUGGGUGUAUCCUAUCAUGGCUCAUUUGAGUCCUGUGGGAUUGUGUGUUUUCCUGGGCGGCGCGUCCCUCUCCAUGGCUCCUCUGUACCUGUUAGGAGAGAAGAUGAGCCUGAUGAUGUGGAGCAGCACAGGGAAUCAGAAGAAGAAAAAGAAGUAGACGUCUGCAAGACACCACAUUACCGCGUGGCUCUCAAUACCAGCCAAACAGAAGUGAUUUUACAGGGAAUGAAGGAACGGCUUUAAUUGCGUUGCUUGUGUUUUAUACAAGAGGGUUUCAAUUCACAGACAGGAGCUAAGAUACAUUAAUACUGUGCAUGUGGUAUGUAUACACUAAUUUUGCUGAAGUUUUAUUCCGUUUAGUGAAUACUGAAUCAAAAUCAUGCACUUACACUUACAAAACAAUGCACUUACAAAUGAAAAAUGCUGUAUUUUUAAUAAUUACUUUAUUGUGAAUUUUCCAAGACUGUAAUAUCCCAGAAUGCUGUGUUUUUGGUGGUUAAGGGACAGUUACUACUGAGCACUUUUCCAUUCUCAGAUGUGUUAAAAUAGCCUGAGCUGGUGACCACUUAUCAAUAAUAAUUCCUGUAGCGUUAUGACAGAUAAUGUCAGACUAUA